AUGACAGGAGUAAUGGAAUUUUUAAAAUGUCUCUUUUCAAUUGCCUUAAUCUUAUCAAUUACAGAAGCCAAUGCCGGAAACUUCCAUUUCAGGGAGGCGCCGAAGUUCUACAAUUCUCCUAAAUGCCCUUCUGUUCACUAUACCACCACUCCCGCCGCUUCUUCCGCCAAGAUUUGCUCGGACAAUGCAGUGCAUGUAGCAAUGACUCUAGACGCAUCUUACCUCCGGGGAUCCAUGGCUGCCAUUCUUUCAGUCCUUCAACACUCGUCUUGCCCGGAAAAUAUGAUCUUCCACUUUGUGGCUUCCGCCGCCGCCGACACCUCACAUCUCAACCUCACAAUUGCAAACUCAUUUCCGUACCUUCAGUUCAACAUCUAUCCUUUUGAUGAUUCGCCGGUGGCGGGGUUGAUAUCAACUUCGAUUCGCGCUGCACUAGAUUGUCCACUCAACUAUGCGCGUAACUACCUCGCUGAUCUGCUCCCAAAAUGCGUUCAAAAGGUUGUUUACCUAGAUUCCGACCUCGUACUCGUCGAUGAUAUUUCUAACCUUGCUGCAACUCCUCUAGGCAAUGAAGCAGUUUUAGCAGCACCGGAAUACUGCAACGCAAACUUCACCUCCUAUUUCACGCCGACAUUCUGGUCCAACCCUUCUCUUUCCUUAACUUUUGCGAAUCGAAAACCUUGUUAUUUCAACACUGGAGUUAUGGUCGUUGAUCUUGAGAGAUGGAGAGCCGGAGAUUAUACAACCAAAAUUGUGGAAUGGAUGGAGCUGCAGAAGAGAGUGAGGAUUUAUGAACUUGGUUCUUUGCCCCCUUUCUUGCUUGUUUUCGCCGGAAAUAUAGCUCCGGUAGAUCACCAGUGGAAUCAACAUGGCCUCGGCGCCUCUUGCAUUGGAGUGGAAAGGGUAAACCGUGGGUUCGACUCGAUGCUUACCGACCUUGCCCUUUGGAUGCUUUGUGGGCACCUUAUGAUCUAUUACAAACGCCAUAUAUUAUUGAUUCUUGAGAAUUUUUGUAAUUAG